AUAAUUUUAGUCCGUAAUUAAAAAAUGUGUUCAAUUAAUUAUAAUUUAUGCUUAAUGGUUCAAUAAUAUGAUAAAAAGUAUGCCUUCAAUACAAUAAUUACUGAAUAUGGAAUAGAGUAUAGCACUAUAAGAUAUAUUAUAGCCUUGUGUAGUUUUGAUAAGUUUUUUAGUAUUAAUUAUUGUUAUCGUGAGUUAAAGAGCAAAAGGUCUUCAAACUCGGUAUUAAUAAAAAUGAUUUCCCUCAGUAAAGUUAUAAACCAUGAACAUAUGUUAGAUAUUUGUAAAGAAUUUAGUAGAUUACGAGAUAAAUGUUAUUUAGAAAAUGCUGGAACUGCAUUAUAUCCUGCGAGCCUCUUUCAGAGAGUGAAUGAAGAUUUAUUGAAUAAUGUUUAUAUGAACCCUCACUCUGAUAAGUAUACAAAAGACUGUGUAGAGCAGAUAAGAUGUUUAAUAUUAAAACAUUUCAAUACAAAUCCAUCCAAUUAUACUGUGAUAUUUACAUCUGGUACCACACAAUCUCUGAAAUCAGUCCUUGAAUCAUUUCAAUUUAAUUGCCAAGAAGAUGAAUUGAAUCAAGGAUCUUUUAUGUAUUUAAGUGAGAAUCAUACAUCUGUUAUUGGUUUAAGGGAAUUAGCUAAAGAGAAAAAUGUUGAUGUAAUUCAUAUAUCACAAGAGGAAUUUUUAAAGUCAGUUAAGACUGUACCAAAGUCUACAGGCGUCCAACUGGAGAGCAAAAAAGGCAACUCUCUAAUUGCAUACCCGGCACAAAAUAACUUUAAUGGCUAUAAGUUUCCAUUGGAUUGUAUUGAAAAUAUUAAAAAUGGUUGCUUAAAUAGUUACUUGAAGAAACAAUUAUGUGCAACUAACUGUAACUGGUAUGUCCUUUUGGAUGCAGCUUCAUAUGUAUCUACGAAUAUGUUAGAUUUGUCAGUACAUCAACCAGAUUUUGUUUGUUUGUCAUUUUAUAAAGUAUUUGGGUACCCAACAGGCCUCGGAGCAUUGAUAGUGAAUAACAAAGCUAUUUCAGUAUUAAGUGAAAAGAAAUAUUUUGGAGGCGGAACAGUAGAUAUUGUUUUGAGCAAUGAAGAUUUCCAUGUCAAAAGGGAGAGUUUAUAUGAACGGUUUGAAGAUGGUACAAUUUCCUUUUUAUCAAUUAUUGCCUUGAAGCACUGUUAUGAUACUUUAUAUUCGUUAAUACCAAAAGUGGUUAACAAUGACGUUAUGGAAACUGUAUCACAUCACACGUUUUACUUGGCUCAAGACUUAUAUACUCAGCUGUGUAAACUUAAACAUGAGAAUGGAAUGAUGGCCGCUGUGUUAUAUGUGGAUUCCGAUUUUACUGAUGUACAGACACAAGGAGCAAUUGUUACUUUUAAUCUUAAAAGAAAUGAUGGCUCUUUUAUUGGUUAUGCAGAGUUUCAGCAUAUGGCAGAUUUAUUUAAUAUUAGUGUACGAACAGGCUGCUUUUGCAACGCUGGAACAUGCCAAAGACAUCUCAAUCUCACUAAUAAAAGUAUGAAAGCUAUGUAUAAAGCAGGACACAAGUGUGGUGAUGAUUUGGAUUUAGUCAAUGGAAAACCAACUGGUGCAAUACGAGUGUCUUUUGGAUAUUAUAACACAUAUCAUGAUGUUGAUAAAUUGAUGAAUAUGAUUUGUAAAUGCUUUGUGAAUACCAAAGUAGAAAAACCACAAAGAACACUGAAUAUUUAUAAAAAUAUUCAACAGGCACAUAAAAGUAUGUCAAUAUAUGAUAGAAAAUUCGAAGACUGCUUAGAUGAUGGGACUUACAUAAAUAUAAAUAAUAACACUACAUACACAUUUAACCCAGAAAUGCUCCUAACAGAAAUUGCUAUAUUUCCUAUAAAAUCUUGUGGAGCGUUCAAAAUUAAAUCAGCUUGGAAAAUAGGUCCCAAAGGUUUUGAAUAUGAUAGAGAAUGGAUGGUGGUUAAAGAUAAUGGUGUAUGUCUUACACAAAAGCAGUGUCCUGAAAUGUGCACUAUUCGUCCAGAAAUUAAUUUGGAAAGCAAAUGCCUAAUACUGCAUUGUCAUGAUAUGCCUUCCAUAACAAUACCACUUGAUCAGAAAAAGAAAAAUGGUUACCAGGAGUCCUCCCUUUGUCGCAGUAAAGUUUGUACUGACAUAAUAAAAGGUUUCGAUUGUGGCGAUGAAGCAGCUGAUUGGGUUUCCAAUGCUCUAGGAAUAUCAUUCUUGCGAUUAAUACAACAGUCAAGUGAUGACAAUAGAACACUGAAGAAAAAAUCGGAAGACGGCAGUAAAUUGUUAUCCUUAAGCAACCAAGCACAAUUUCUUCUAAUUAAUAGAGCCACAGUUAAUUGGCUAAGGGGUAAAAUACAAGAUCCAUUAUUUGAUGAUGAUCUGGAAUCUUUAACAGACCGUUUUAGAGGAAACAUUAUUAUUGAUACCUCUAAGGAACUUAUUGAAAAGGAGUGGAAAAAGGUUAUCAUAGGAGAUCAUGAGUUUAAUGUUGAUGGUCAGUGUCCUAGGUGCCAAAUGGUCUGCAUAGAUCAGAAGACGGGACAAAAAACUGUCGAGCCUCUUAGAACAAUAUCUGAACAAUUUGGUGGGAAACUAAAAUUUGGUGUGUACUUGAGCUAUGUGGGUACAGUUAACAGUUCUCUUUCGUCAAGUUUAAAUAUAUUCUCUGAAGUUACACCAAUAAAUGAUGCUAUUUCCUAUAAUAUAGAGUAGAAUCUACAAAUCUACAUUUAUAUUUAAUUAGAUAUUAUAUAGAUACAUUAUUUUUUCUGUGUUAACACUUUGUUAUUAUUGUGUUUGAUUUUACUUGAGUAUUAUAUAUUUAGAAAGUAAUUUCUAAUUGUUUUUUAUACUGCUUUAUUUUGAAUGUUAUCUUGCCAUUAGCAAAAUUUCAAUGAAUUUUACAUGUAUAUAAUAAUUAUUUUCUAUAAGGUAUUGGUAGCUCACAAUAGUUCACGUUAUAUUAUAAGCAUUGCUACUGCUAUGAAUGCACAGAGGUCAUAGGGAAAUUAGUUAAUCUUUAAAUAUAUUAUGCAGAAAGAAAAUAAAAAUUAUUGUAUAUGAAUUCUAUGUUACCAACAUGUACUUAC